GCCAGUCCUCGCCUGCGUCUGACUCUUGCGGGAACUUUGACGUCCAGGAACCCGCUCAUCUCGCCGGGGGAUCCCGCCGACAUCUUUCUGUCUAGAGGCCUUCGCCCCAGCAACCUGCAACAGAAGCGCCACAGAAUGUCUGCCGCGACCAAGAUCACGUCAUUCGUGGCGCCAACAAGCGGGGGAGGGGGUGCGAAGAGCGGGACGACGGCGACGUCGAUCAAGGGACGCCGGGGGACGGUGUACCACCUGUCGUCCACUCUCGAGGAGCAGAAGAAGAAAGGCACCAGGACGUUGGACGACGUGAGGGUCAGGAGGCGUUUCGCCAGCGGCAGGGACCUCCUGUCGCCCGCCGGCAUCCUCAAACUUCUCGUCAUUCCUGUCGGUCUGGCCGGAGCAGCGCUGAUGGCGAUGAGCUCUGCGGCGACGUACAUCAUGUGGCGAUAUCGCGAACAACUGUUGCCCGACCAGUCCCAAGUAGCCGGCACGGACGGACAACAGAUGCCGCGCGUGUCGGUAUUCAUCUGAGCGCCAGAUCAUCUGUGGCGUUCGUUGUUCGGCCACGGACGUUUACGCUAAAAGUUGUAAUGAGAAAAGACAUUACUUAGCGCACGAGUGAUAUUCGUUUGUUGUUAACCUAUAUUAUUGCAUAUCUUUGUACUGAAAUAUAAUUCGUUCUUUCUUGAGUCGCGUAUUAUAUCGGUGAUACUUUGUAAUUUGUACCUGUUAUUUCAGUGGUCAUUUUCAGUCACUUCUGUUGGUUGUCCUACGAAGUUUAAGUAUCCGUCAUGACUGAAUAUUUUAAAUGUGUUCACUACAAAGCUGAUAAAGAAGAGUGUAAAAUGUCUCCCGCCACUGAUCCGGGCUGCGUGUGUGUGUCAGAGGCAGAGGAGGUUGGUGACAGCUCCACGCAGUCAGAUUCCUCUGAAGAGGACGAUGAGUUAAGAUGGCACAAGAUGGCAAAGGGGUCAGAUGUCCCUUCAGAAUACUGGCACAUUCAGAAACUCAUCAAGUACAUGAAGGCUGGAAACCAGACGGCUACCAUCGUGUCGCUGUGUUGUCUCAAGGACCAUGACCUCACCACAGAGAUAAACCAGACUGCCAUCAGGGAUAUCGGUGGCCUUGAAGCACUGGUAAACCUCUUGGAGACCGAUGACAUCAAGUGUAAGUUAGGCUCCCUGUCAGUUCUCAGCGAGAUCUCGCAGAACGCAGACAUCCGCCGUGGCAUCACCGAUCUGGGAGCCGUCCCUAUUCUGGUGAUCAUCCUCUCGGACCAAAGCAGGGACCUACAGAUCCUGGCAGCUGAGACAAUAGCUAAUAUUGGGAAGAUCCGCAAAGCAAGGCGAGCUAUCAGGAAGUGUGGUGGCAUACCAAAACUGGUGGACCUGCUGGAUGUCAGCAACCAUGCCCUCACUACACCAUUCAGCCAGCUGACCCCGCAAGACGAGGAGGAAGUCCGAACAGCUCGGGCAGGAGCCAAGGCCCUCUGGUCAAUCUCGCAGUCCAAGAAAAACAGGGACACCAUGAGGAAGGCGGGAUGCGUCCAUCUUCUGGCCCGUCUCCUGAAGUCUGUCCACGGGGAUGUGGUGGUGCCCGUAAUGGGCACACUGCAGCAGUGUGCUUCGGAGAAUGAAUACCAGCUAGCUGUCCAAACAGAAGGUAUGGUUGCGGACAUGGUACAUCAUCUCAGAAAUGACAACAGGGAGCUCAAAAAGCUCUGUGCCUCAGCAAUAUUCAAGUGUGCCCAGGACUCUGUGACGAGGGAUCUGGUUCGUCAACAUGGGGGGCUGGACCCCUUGGUGAAACUGGCAAAGGACAUCAGUAUCUGGGAUGACAAGCCUCUUCUAGCUGCAGUGACGGGUGCCAUUUGGAAGUGUGCCAUCAGCCCAGAGAAUGUUCACAGGCUGGAUGAACUAAAGACAAUCGACACUCUCGUGUCUCUCCUCAGCGACGAGAAUGGAGAGGUGCUGACAAAUGCUGUUGGAGGCCUGGCGGAAUGCGCCAAGUUUCAGGACAACCGAACUGAGAUCCGAACCUCAGGAGGCAUCCCCAGACUGAUCAUGCUUCUCAAUGGAAACAAUGGACCCAUGUUAGAGAAUGUAUGCCGUGUGCUUGGCGAGUGUGCCAAUGAAGCAGAUUCGAUGGACAUCAUUCAGAACUUGGAUGGGGUGCGCCUCAUAUGGUCACAGCUCAAGCAUCCGUCUCCUGCCGUUCAAGCGAGUGCCGCGUGGGCAUUGUGUCCAUGUAUACGAAAUGCUACGGAUUCUGGUGAGAUGGUGAGGAGUUUUGUUGGUGGUCUAGAACUCAUUGUGAGUCGCCUCAAGUCUACUGACACCAAUGUUCUAGCCAGUGUGUGUGCGGCGUUGGCAAAGAUUGCUCAAGACAAAGAGAGCUUGGCAGUCAUCACCGACCAUGGCGUCGUACCCAUGCUAGCAGAGCUUGUUCUUACGGACGAAGACAUCCUGAAGGAGAACCUGGCUGAAGCUAUUGCUUAUUGCUGUUCUUGGGGUGUCAACUGCCAUGAGUUUGGGUGCCUGGGAGCUGUUACACCCUUAGUAAACUACAUGAACUCCAAAGACAAGAGCGUACAUCGCACCACAGCCUACGCAUUGCAUCAACUGUCUGCUGACCCACAUAACUGUAUCACCAUGCACCAAAGUGGAGUUGUACCUUUUCUCCUGAAAACCAUUGGUUCUUCAGAUGAGAAGCUUCAGGAGGCAUCUGCUGGUUGCCUCAGCAACAUCAGGAAGAUGGCACUAGCGACUGAGAACUUCAAUUACAAAUAAUGUGAUACGUUUUGCUUCCGUCAAGAGAUGUAUCCUUUCUUUCAGGAAACGACUUUUUUGAAAAGCGCCAAAUACUUCAUAUUGAUGUUAAAAUGUUCCUGAUUGCUAAGAUUUUAUAUUGUUCGAUCUCCAACUAUUUAUGUGUUCUUGCAUUCUAGAAUGAUUACUGAGUAUAAAUUGAUGCAUCAAAAUGUUAAGAAAAUAAUAAUGUAAUGAAAUAGGUAUUAAUUGUUAGUGUCAAAGCUUGUUCCAUCCAGCUACAAAAGAUGUCAUGCUUAAAAUAUGAAGUGUCAUUUCCCAUAUAAUAUUGUGUAAUUAUUAAUCAUAACUAGAGCAAAACUGUUUGCGUGAUUAACAUUUAGAAUAUAUAUUGUAAAUCCAGUAUAAAAAAAACUAUUUUAAAGGUAGAGAACAAAGCAGACGUCAAUAGCUUGAUCGGUAAGAUGGACAACUACUAUUUCACUUAUUUUUAUGAUUCCUCUUCCUCCAUCCAAGAUUAUAACUAUUAUAAUGCUAUCGAUUAUAACGUACGGCCUCAAAAUAAACUAUGUCGCUCACAUUAAGAUAGUUUCAGAGUUAA